AUGAUGGAGCAUUUUCGCUAUCUCCCGGAAUACCAGGUGCUGGUGUGCAUCCCCUGUGGGCAUGCUGUCCCACCUGCUUACCUUGAUACCCACCUAAAAGGCCAUCGUAAAGAGUGGCUAGGCCUGGACUCGACCAUGGCAAUCUCCGUGCUCAAGAAACAACUGCAGGAAUUCACAUUAGCCGAUCCUUCUCAACAGCAGAUCCAGAUUCCAUCCCCUUCCUCCUUAGCCUUGCCUGGCCUGCCAGUAGAGGAGGGGAUCGGAUGCACGCAAUGUCAAUUUGUGACUCGCUCCGAGGGUUGGAUGCAAAAACAUGUCCGGACCCAUCAGCUCACCCCACGACGGCAAGGUCGACCUCGGAAGACUAAACCCACGAUUGCAUUGACGCAGCCCCAGGCGGGCUCAGAUCUCUGGGAAAAGGUCUAUUGCCAGCGCUUCUUCCCCUCGGGCCCCCAAAGUCGAUUCUUUCGGGUCGCUCCGCUUCUUGAACCUACUACAGCAGACCUAGUCGAUCCUAUUCGCGCCCAGAUCUACGAGCAGAUCCGGCAAUGUGAGCAGAAGGAGAAAGAAUACAACCAAGUCAUCACGACAGAUCGUGACUACAGUGAAUACAGUCCUUGGCUAGAAAAGACUCGAUGGCGUGACUACAUCCACGGCUAUACUUUCACGGAACUCACUGCACUCGCAUAUAUGCCUGAUCCUGUACGAGAACCUAUCUUGCAGCUAUGGAUAAGAAGCCUAGACACCGUUGUCGACCAGGCUCUCGAAUCCGUGACUAACCACCGGAUCAAUGUGUUCGACCAAGCCCGGAUUAACAGCUUCGUUGACGAUGCCUACCGACGACCGAGCCAUCGACCGGUCUUCUUUCAUCUUAAGCCCUCCACUGACCAGCGAUAUCGGCGCAUCUGGAAGCGCCUUCUCUGUUUUGUGUAUCAAGGACCUUAUCCAACGAAUGGUAGAAGCAAGUCAACAGGUGCGUAG